GGCCCUGGCUGAGCACCCAGUGGGUCAGAUCCUCCUGGGAGUUGGCACCUGGGCUGGGGGCUGCCUUCCUUCAGGAGUGCUGUGGAGCCACAGGAACCCCCGUGGGGGCCAAAUGCGUGUGUGUGUACAGAGCAAUAAAGUCUAUUUAUGCUAAACAGUGACCUGCUCUGUUCCUUCAGGCUGGAAUCUCGUGGGUUUGGAAGCAGAUUUGCCCUGGCUGCCAGGGUGGCUCUUGGGGGGCUGCCUGAGGGAUGCAGGUGGUUGCCAGACUCCUGUGCCUGCGCUGCUCCCUGCUCACCUCCCUCUCCUAUUUCACUGCCUGGUGCUGAGCCAGGGCCCUCUUCAUUAGCACUGACUGCAGCUGCAGCUUGGGCAAGGAUGUGGCGGGAGAAGGGGGCUCCUGGCUGGGAAAUGCCUGUGCCCACUCACCUGAGUGAGGUCUGGGCUCCCCGUGGCUGGUUGGGGAUCUGACCUGGCCCUACUGAGGUGCAGCAUCAUCACGAGGUGUCCCAAGGUUCCCCAGCCCCACGUGGGACUCCGGUCCCUGCCGGGUGUCUCCCUUGGUGUGGCCCUGAUUGGUUUAAAGUCUACACAUUAUCACCCACUUGGCCCCAGAGCUCAUAAAAUCCAUUGGGAUCGAGGCACUACUGUCACUGCUGCCACCGCUGUCACAGCUGCCCCUUCCAAGCUGGCACCAUGGGCUCUGCUUCCUUCUUGACAAGGGUCCGGCGUCUGCUCCGAAUUCGGAACCAGCUGAUACGGGAAUGCCUGGCUGAGCUGCUCUCCACCUUUGUCCUCAUUACAAUCACCCUGAGCGCUGCCGCACAGAAGGUCACCAGCGAAGAGACAAAGGGGGACAUCCUCACCAGCUUCUUGGGAGGUGCCCUGGCUGUCAUGGUGGGCAUCUACAUAGCAGGGGGAAUCUCAGGGGCCCACAUGAACCCGGCGUUCUCCCUCGCCAUGUGCCUGACGGAGCAGUUCCCCUGGUGGAAGUUUCCCAUCUUCAUGCUCGUGGAGACCUUGGCAUCUUUCCUAUCUGCCGGAGUUGUCUACAUCCUCUACUACGAUGCCAUCUGGCACUACAGCAAUGGCACCCUUACCGUGUCCGGCCCCCGGGAAACCGCCUCCAUCUUCGCCACCUACCCAGCUGACUACGUGUCUGUCGCCAAUGGCUUCUUGGACCAGGUGAUUGGCACAGGGGUGCUGCUAGUGGGCGUCAUGGGUGUCAUGGACAACCGCAACAAGGGUGUCCCCAAGGGCCUAGAACCAGUGGUCGUGGCCAUGCUGGUGCUCUCCAUUGAACUCUCCAUGGGCGCCAACUGCGGCUGCCCCCUGAACCCCGCACGAGACAUUGGGCCCCGGCUCUUCACCUACCUGGCAGGCUGGGGCCCAGAGGUCUUCAGCAGGGGCAAUGGGUGGUGGUGGGUGCCCCUGGUGGCACCGCUGCUGGGGUCCGCCGUGGGCACAUACCUGUACCAGCUCUUCGUGGCUUUCCAUUACCCGGAGGAGGACGGCGAUGCCCUGGAAGAGCACGGCUCCAUCGUCCUGGAGAACAAAAACAUUGACCUAGACACUGGGGUGUCAUCCAAGGAGGACACUGGGGGAACAGUGCCUACCGGGUACCCUCCACCACCCCGCAGCAGCAGCACGGUCCCCACUACCAUCCCCCUCACAUUAUUAAAUGAGUCCUGAGGUCA